AUAGCCGUUUCUUUCCGCGAAGUCGAUGCGAUUUUGAAGAAGUAAUAUGUCGGUUAGGCUUUGAAUCAGUCUCUCAAUUCGCGAUUAAGAGAUUUAAAAGCUUAUGAUCCCUUAAUAAUCUUUCUUCAAAUCUAGCUAUUUCGAUUUCGAAUUCGAUAAUGGAGACGUCGAUAUUGACGCCGACUCACAAAUACGCAGCGGCUGCUCUGUUCGCUCUGGCUCUUCACCAGUCUCAGAUUCACCAAACUCGACCUUCGAAACCUCUUCAGCCUCUCCACGAAGAACCAAUUGGAGGAGUAGUAAGCGUUGGUGAGAAUAUUUCUGUCUCGGAUGAUCCUCAGCUUUGGAUCCAUGAAAAUUCUGGCUUGCUUUUGCCUGUUUUCCGGUUGCUUGGAGUGGACGAUCAAGCUUGGGAUGGGUUGAAGGAAACUGCUGGUUCUUCUUCGCAAGUGAGACACCAUGUUGGAGCGUUCUUGAAAUUACUGUCAGAGGAAAGUGAUGGAACUUCUUCAGAAAAAAUGGAUAAGGAGAUUUCUUUAACAAAUACUGUUGAUGCUACGGCACAGUCGGCACUUGGCUUGGAAAACUCUCCUGUUUCUUCUGAGGAGACUGAACCUCAUCAAAAAACACAGAGCACACAUUCCAAGAUCUCCAACAAAGAGAAAAUCCCUAGUGAAUCUGGAGUUGGAACUUCUGAUAAAGCCUUGGAAGAGAGAAAACUACUCAGUUAUCAGAGGAAAGUGACAGUUCUUUAUGAACUUCUUUCAGCUUGUGUCGUAGACAAUGGUGAAAGUGAUGACGAAAAAUCUAUUCAGCUUAAAAAAGGUUAUGAUGCUCGCCACCGUGUGGCCUUACGGUUGCUGGCUACAUGGCUCAACAUUGGAUGGGCAGAAAUGGAAGCCAUGGAGAUAAUGAUUUCCUUCUCUCUGAUGGACUUAGUGAGAAAGGAAUGCACCGAAGAAGAUAAAAACAUUAUUCCAGAGACGACUCUGGAUAAGAUAAAGCGUGGAGGUGUCAUUGCUGCUGCCGCUUUAACUGGAGGAACCUUGAUGGCUGUUACGGGUGCCCUUACUGCCCCAGCCAUUUCGGGGGGAUUGGGUGCUCUGGCUCCCACAUUGGGUGGUAUAGUCCCCGUAAUUGGAGCUAGUGGAUUUGCUGCAGCAGCAAGCGCUACAGGAUCUGUUGCUGGUUCUCUUGCUGUUGCAGCUUCAUUUGGAGCUGCUGGAGCUGGCCUUACCGGAAGUAAAAUGGCUAGAAGAAUUGGCAGCAUUGAUGAAUUUGAAUUCAAAGAAAUGGAGGAGAAUCAUAGCCAAGGCCGGCUGGCAGUUGGAAUCUUCAUUUCUGGACUUGUCUUUGAGGACGAAGAUUUUAUAGUGCCAUGGAAAGGUCAUCAUGAUAACUUGGAGAGGUAUGCAUUGCAGUGGGAAUCUGAGAAUUUGAUUGCAUUGAGCACUGCAAUAAAGGACUGGCUUGCUUCAAAAAUUGCUAUGCAGUUGAUGACUGAAGGUGCCAUGUUGACUGUAUUAAGCAGUCUUUUAACAGCCCUGGCCUUACCAGCAGCUCUACUGGCUGCAACUGAUCUCAUAGACAGUAAAUGGGCGAUUGCAGUUGACAGAGCUGAUAAAGCUGGAAAGCUGCUUGCUGAGGUGUUGCUAAAGGGAUUGCAAGGGAGCAGACCUGUAACACUCAUAGGUUUCUCGUUGGGGGCCCGAGUAAUUUUCAAAUGUCUCCAGUGUUUGGCUGAAACAGAAGGAGAUCAUGCUGGAAUUGUAGAAAGAGUUGUUCUUCUUGGAGCACCAGUUUCAAUAAAGGAUGAAAAAUGGGAGGAUGUCAGGAAGAUUGUGGCUGGUAGAAUUAUCAAUGUUUAUUCUACAAAUGAUUGGACGCUUGGAGUUGCUUUCCGCGCCAAUUUACUUUCUCAGGGAUUAGCAGGGAUUCAACCUGUUGAUAUUCUUGGGAUUGAGAAUGUUGAUGUUACCCAAACAAUUGAAGGACAUGCUUCAUAUGUUUCCAAAACAAAAGAAAUUCUGGGUCAACUUGAGUUGGAGAAUUAUUACCCUGAUUUCAGCAAUGCACAAGCCAAAACCCAUGAAGAGAAGAACUCUGGAACUUAGUUCUCUCGAAUUAAUUGAUUUCUUUUUUGUCUCCUUGUUCUUCUCUUGACAGGGUGCCACCUUCCGCCAAUGCUGCCUAUUCUUAAUUUUGCCCCCGCGUGAUGAGAAGAAUGGAACAAAGGUUUGUAAGAUUGCGCCAAUAUAAGCACAGAAUUCUGUUGCUAGGUGCAGUUUCUUUUUAAAUUUUUCCUUUUUUUUUUUGUCUUGGUAUGUCUAUUGGUUGGUGAAGCAUGAAGGAUGAAGUUCCGGUUCAAGUUGGUUUCAGUCUCAACUUCUCACCCUUUGCGUAUCUAAUUGAGUAAUUGUUAUAAGUAGAGAUCCAUUUUGGUUUAACUUUUUGCCUUAAAAAGGAUCUUUGUACAAUUUUUUUCAAACUAAAUAUACUUGAUAAAUAUAUUAAAAAUUAUUAUCCUUUCAUGUGAUAUGGGAAAAGAAAAAGACAAGAUUUUUUUUUCAUGAAAGCAACAAAAGAAAUGUGCACAGAAACUAUGAUCUUACGAUCAGUUAAUAGGUAAAAUGAUUGCUACACUCAGAACAUGAUGCAAUGUGAGUAAGAAGGACCGGGCUUGUAUAUUCUGUUGGAUGGAUUGGAGAGUGGAGACUGAAUAGUGUCCCAAAAAUAUCAAACAAAUACCUUGGACAACAAAGUCUGACAAGAACUUGGAAAGUGCAACUUAAUUAUCGCAAUUAAUUUUCUGCAUUAACAUUCUUAGUUCCUCAAUUGCAAUGUUUUGUCAUGUAAUUUAAUUGUUCAAACUUGUCGUAUAUGAUCAGAGCAUUGUUGGUUGUU